AUGGCGGAGACUUGGGCUGCUGAAUUUGCUAAUGUUAGAAAUCAGAUGCAAGCCCUGGAAGACAGCCUACAUUCAACGUUAGAAUCUCCUCUUACAGAUGCUUUGACCAACCGCAAGGUCGAUGCUGCCAAUGAUAUCCGUAGUUUUCUAAUUACUGUUGGUGGAUUCCGCUCCUUCCAACUCCACUUCACCAAAAGUCCACCUCAAAUCCACCAUCACAAAGCUUUGUUUCUUUACCUGGAACAAGAGUGGAACUGGUGUUCUCAAGCUUUUCCCGAAGAUUACACCACAUUGGUUCCAAAUCUACUGAUUCAAACAAUGAUGUCUACUGCCAAAAGCUUUGAAUCCCGUGUCAACCUUGUAGAUGUACCAGAAGGUGUCAAACUCCGAAACAAACAUCUGGAUGCACUGAUUCAACUACACAGCAUGACGGAAACCUUUGAUCGUAAAAUUCGGCAUUUGUUUCGCGAUGUUCAUCCGAAUCUCUUGCUGGAUACACUGAAUUCCAUCUACCUUCCGUACGAAUCAUUUAAGCUGAGGUAUGUUCGAAUGGAGCGCGCUGUGCUGUCUUGUGAAGUCGCUGCCCGAAUACUCGGUCUUAGGGGAUUUUCUUCAUUUAUAAGUUGUUCUGGUGGUGUUCAAAGAGUUGAUGAACUUAUAACUGAAGCCGUGCGAAAAAUGACGGAUUCCAUCCCACAGGUCAUACUAGUUGUUGAAAAGGCUUUCGAAAGAUGCAUCAACUUCACAGGAGGAUCCGAGGCACGCGAGCUCGUCCUUGUUCUGGAUGACCUAAUGCAACAAUAUGUAUUAACUUUUCAAGAAAUUCUAAAAGCAUUAAGGAUUCUUUGUGGGGUAGGCAAGGAUCAUCAUCUUGUUGGAGUACACAUAAAGGAUUUGUCGAACCAGGAGGAAUAUUGGUGUUUUGUCCAAGCUACACUACAAAUUCUCCCAGUGGCAAAUAGUUUGUCUAGAAGCUUUUCAAAGUUUGGACACUCUAUGUACCACACUCUUACUGGAAUAAGAAAAGAUCUCUCUAGUUUAUCCUUUGGCUGGAGCAUUGAUCGAAAUAUUUUACAUGAACUCAUUGAUCCUGCACCGGAUGUAGGAUCAUGGUUACAGAAUCCUGCCUCGGGUUUAGCAUUUUUAAGACUUGUGGGACUCCCUGAUAAGGCUCGGAAAGUAUUCAACUUACUUGAGCGUGAAGAUUAUUAUGCUUACGAAGUACUUCCGCUUACUCCCACCCGGGUGGAAGCGUUUUCAGAUGCAGUUAAUGAACUUGUUUAUGAGGUUCUUACAUCUCAAGUAGAGCAGCAAUUCAAGGGCCUGUCUCGCUUGCCGGUAUGGACGUCGUCAACUGUGGAUGAUGAUGAUGAAGCAAGUGCCGUCUUCCCUCAGCCUUAUGCGACCAAUGUUGGCGAAUAUCUUGUCACUUUGUCUCAGAAAAUAGAUGGAGUUUCUGAGGGCAUUCGCAACGGUAUUGAUCCCGAUGCUGAUGAUGCCAAUUGGCUCGCAAGGAAAGCCGAGAAGCUUGCAACUAAGUGGAAAAGCAAGGUCGAAAAGGCUGCCGUUGCCCUUUACAUGGAGCAAUUGCGGGGUAUCGAGUAUUUAACGGAUCGCGGAGCUCAUCAGCUCUCUGUUGAUAUUGAGUACUUGAACGAUGUCCUUGAUAAUAUGUCGAAAUGGACUCAUUCAGUCCUCAUUAGGCUUUACCAUUGCUUAACAGACCCAAGAGAUGAGCUUGAGGACACGGUGAAAAUUUUAAGUGAACAUGAUCUUCCUACUGCUAACCGUGUUUCCAAGUUGAUGCGCCUAUGUUUGGACGAAUGA